CAUCUCCUCGUGGCGGCCCUGUCUCCACAGCCGCCGCUCGUUUUAGCCACAAAUCUACACAGCAGCCGUCGACCGACCCCUUAGCUUCAACGACGAGGCAUCUUAGGCCAGUUCCAUCGAUGCGGAGAACGGCACCCAUGCUGCCACUCCUGCUCUUGGCGUCCUGCGCUGGCGCAUUCGUGGCCCCGGGCGGCACUCACAGCGUCCUCCGCGUCGCACCGCAGCAUGCGGUCGACGCGUCAGUGUUGCAUGCGCUCGACGCGUCGACGCUGUGCGACUCCACGCUCGCGCUCGCAUCGUUCCAGGACUUUCGCGACGGCAUCGCCGACGUCGUGCGACCGUUCGCCAUUCUCGCCGCGGUCCCGGCCUUUGGCAUUGCGUUGAUUCCCGUGACGCUCGCGGCUGCACUUGCCCGCGCGGCUGCGGCGCCGGCGGCACAAGUACUCGAAAUCGUCGAAUCGAUCCCCGCGGACCAGUGGCAGAAACUCCUGUUGUGCAUCGCCUUCGACGCCGCCGGGGAUCUGUCGGAGUCGCUGCCCUUCCACGGGCUCCUGGAGCUCGCGCUCGGGCCCCUCGACUACUUCGUGCUGAGGUACCUCUUCGAGGACUCGUUCGCCAUUCCGGUGGCGGGACUCCUCGAAGAGUGGCUGCCGAUCCCCGUCGAGUUUCUGCCGACGGCGACGCUGGCGUGGUGCGUGCAGAACCUCGCCGCCGAGUCGGUGAUCGCCAGGAAGCUCGGCCUCGUGAAGAAGAAGCCGUGAGCCGGCGCGCUUCGUUGAUGGCGCGGAGAUGACACGUCGUUGUAGAGGGUGCUUCUAGCUCACCGGUACGCCAUCGCCGCGAUGUCGUACGAGCCAGGGCAUAUGUGUUGUAAGUCAGGUAUGUCAG